AUGGCGCCUUUGCAUAACCCCCCAAUCCUUCCUCGCGACCCAAAUCCCAUCUCUUGCCACCAAAGCAUUCAUCCCAACAACACCAUGGAGAUGCUCAUGGCCGCCGCAGAGGCAUCGUCCUCGUCACAACGACCAAGGAAUCCCAGAGCCAUCAACGACCAUGUCGACAACAGCCCCGGUUUCGUCAGCGCCAUGCGCAGUACCGCCUACGAGGACGACGAGAGCGACAAUGAAAACGACUACUACGCAAACUCGUACUCGCUCUCCCUCCGCGGCCGGUCUUCCCUCAAGUCGCCCCGAUCUGCGCCAAGGUCGCCUCUCGCGAAGAAGAAGAAGAAGACGCCUGUCGCUUUCGACCCCAAGCCGCUCCCCGAGUCCAUGGUGUCGCCCGAUCACAGCGAGGACGAAGGCUUCAACCUUGGUGAAGUCACUGCACGCAAAGAUUUGCCUGUCAACAACUCGUUCGUGACCUUCAAUGCGUUCGACCCGCCCGCGGGCAUGACGCCAGAGUCCACCGGCGCCGAGGUCGAGGACACCGCCGAGGAAGAGCCCGUCGAGCCCGUCGAGGUGCUGCAGACGCCAUCACCAGCCGUGCAGCAGGAGGAGCCCGAGGUUGCGCAGCCCUCUAGCGUCCACGAGCCGCCAGCUGACGUCGAGUGGUCGACGAUCAACGACCCCACCGACCCGACGAAAACACCGUGUCCGGACGGCAUCACACAGGAACAAUGGCAUGUCGCGCUGAAAAUCCGUCACAACAAGUCGGUGGCUUGGAGCGACUACACCCCUGAACUGCUCCGUGCGGCGCUACCGACGCAAGCCGCUAUCCAUGAAUUCCUCGCCUCGCGCUGGAUCCCCAUCAAGGAGCUGCACCGCCUCGAGUCGUUUGGCGUGUUUACCUACAAGCGCGGCAAGUUUACCGACGCCGAGAAGAGGUCGCUUAGGAUGUACCUCGAGGACUUCCAGGAGGUGCACCAGCUGUCGGACGCCGAGCUCGUCGAUCUCCUCAUGUCCAAGGGCAAGAACACGGAGAAGAACCGCUACGGCAAGUUCUGGCCCGAGCUCGCCGGCGCCGUCCCCGGUCGCCCGGUGCGAUACGUCAAGGAGGUCGUCAAGCGCAUGUACGACCCGCGCGGACGCAAGGGAGAGUGGACGAUGGAGGAGGACUUUAAGCUGAAGCAGGCGUACGAGCUGUACCCGAAUCAGUGGGUCAAGAUUGCCGAAGAGGUGCAGCGCACUGAAUUCGACUGCCGCGACCGCUGGAAGGGCGAGCUCAAGGGCCGCGACAGCCGCAAGACGGGCGCCUGGUCCGAGGAGGAGGUGCAGAAGCUGAUCGAGGCCGUCAAGUCGGCCAAUGUCGCGGCCGGCCUCGACCCGCUCUCGGGCGACACGCCGUGGGACGUUGUCGUCACGAACAUGGGCGGCACUCGUACGCGCACGCAGUGCCGCAAGAAGUGGCAGGACAGUCUGCAGGGCGGCCGCGCCGUUGGUCGCAAGACGCGCGUCGGCGUCGACCACGCGCUGCUGAUCAACCGUCUCCGCGAGCUCGACUACCAGCACGAACGCGAUAUUGAAUGGAUGAAGGUACCGUGGGACGACCAGGUCAAGCCGGCGACGCUGCGCAGCACGUGGAGCGUGAUCGUGCGCCAGGUCGAGGACCGCGAGGGCCUGACCUUCAGGGUCUAUGUCAAGGACCAGGCUGCGAUUGAGAAGCGCAAGGCGGACCAGGAGCGUAAGAAGCAGGAGCGCCGCGAGGCCCAGGCCAAGCUCGUCGAGGACGCCAAGGCGCGAGCAGCGGAGCGGCAGCGCAAGCAGGAGAAGAAGGACAAGAAAGAGCGCAAGAAGGCCAAGCGCGCCGCCGAGGCAGCCGCGCUGCUUGCACAGGAUGAGAGCUUUGUUGCUCCUGAGCCGGAGCCCGAGCCCGUUGAGGCUGUCCCCGAGGAGACGGAGAAGCAGCGUCGCAAGCGCGAGAAGCGGGAAAAGCGGGAGCGCAAGGAGGAGAAGCGGAAGCGCAAGGCUGCCGCUGCCGCUGUGGAAGAGGAGGAGGUUCUAAAGAAGCCUCGCAUUGAGGAGCUCGAAGGCAUGACGCCUGGAGCUGCGCGCAAGACGCUAUGGUGGAAGAAGUGA